AUGAAUAAAAAGUUGAAUAAUAAAUUUAAGAAAAACCAUAGCGUUGUUAAGUUUAAUAAAAAGGAUGUGAAUCGAUAUGAUUUUAAGAAGAAAAGUCAAAGUUUUAAACAUAAAAAGUCUAAAUUGAAAAAUAGCCAUUUUGGCGUUAAUAAAAAUUGGAAGGACAAAAUAAAAAGUUCGCAUAUAAAAAGAAGAGAUAGUAAUAAUAAUAAUAUUAAAAAUAAUCAGGAUAAGAGGAGUUCCAAAUAUGAAGAGAAUAAAAAAGAUAUUUAUGAUAUUGAACAUAUAAUAAGCAGUAUUAUUGAAAAAAAAGUGUCCUUAAAAAAAGUAGAUGAUAAAUUUAUAAAUAAUAUCAAAACCAUUUAUGAUAUGAAUGAAGAAUGGUUUAUAUUAAAAAAAAAAUUAGAACAUGUUGUAGUCAAAUAUGUUAUUAAAAAAAAAAAAAAAAACCUACAAUAUGACAAUUUAAAUUUUUAUGUGAAGAAAUUUCAAAAAAGAAAAAGUUUAUAUGAUAAAAUUGAAAAAGGUGAUGGGGAAGAAAAUGGAAUAACCAUAAAUGAUAAGAAAGAAGAAGGAACAAAAAAUAAGAACGAAGAUGAAGAUGAAGACAAUAGUGAUAACAAUAAUUAUUAUGAUAAUAUGAAAAAAGAUUCUUCUUUUGUUUAUCAAGCCAAAUUAUUUCUUUUAGAUAAUGAAGACAUACUUUUUGAUAUGGAUGAGGAAAAAAAACAAGUUGUUUUAAAUUCAAAAUUAUGGAACAAAAAAAUAAAAGCUUUUCUUAAAAAGAAAUGCACGUCACAAAAUAUAACAUUAAAUAAUGAUGAUGAUGAAAAAACGAAAUUUAUAGAUUAUAAUAAUAUCCCAAUACAUUUAAACGAAUUAUAUAAUAAUGAUAGCAUUAAUAAAAAUGUUUGUGUAAAUAACAACAAGAGUGAUGUGAAAAUAAAAAUAAAAUUAAUGUUAAAAAAGAAAAUAAGUAUGAAUGAUAUUUAUCAUUUAAUUUAUAAUAUAGGGAUAAAUAUGAUUUAUAAUUAUUAUCAACUUUAUUUAGAAAAAUAUUCUAAUGAUGAAGAAAAAAUUCAUUUAGAGGUUAUACAUAAUAAAAAUAAUAUAUUUAGUGAUAGAAUAAAUAAUAUUGUUGUAUUAAUAAAAAAAAAUCCACUUAUAUAUUUUAUAUAUAUAAAAGUAUUAAUUGAUUUCUAUAAUAAAAAAGAAGAUGUAUUUUUAAAAAAAUCUAUACUUGAAUGUUUAAAACAUAUAUAUUUAUAUAUUAUACCAAAUGAAUAUUUACUAAAUAUUGAAGAAAAUAAUCAAAUAGUUUUGCAUUAUAUAUUAAAUAUAAUAUUUAACCGAUUUAAUUUUAAAGAAUAUAAUUUUUCUUCAUAUUAUUUUUUCUUAAAUGCAUUAAUAUAUAUUUAUUCAUUUGAAAAUUAUUUGAAGAAAUCAUUUCUACAAUAUAUUUUUAUACUAAAAAAUGGCAUAUAUAGCUUGAUCCCUAGUUUAUUUUAUCUAUCAGCGAAUAAUAUAAAUGAAUUUUGUUUAAAGAAAAAAGAAAAUAAAUUUGCUAAUCUUAAUAUUAUAUUAGAAGGAUAUUGUAUACUUAAUAAAGGUAAUCCAUUACUAUUAAAUUUUUUAAAAUAUUUAAUUACCUUAGAAAAAUUUAAAGAAUACAUAACUAAUUAUAUUUUUCAAAAAAUACUUGUAAGCAUAAAAUAUUGUGUAGAUAUUAUAGUAGAUCAUUUAAAAAAUAAAAAUGAACAAAAGGUUAAUAAGGUAGAUGACAAAUUAAAAAAGGAUAUUGUAUGUAUAAAUAGAUGUUUAUAUAUAUUAUAUAAAAUGGAUUCACAUUCUUUUAACAAUAUGAUGGAAAAUAUUAUAUAUUUUGCUACAUACCUUUUUGAAAUGUUUUCAAAAAAUAUAUAUGAAUUGUAUGAACACAAAAAUGAAUUAUUGAAUGAAUGGAGUGUAGAAAAAAUGGCAUAUAUAUAUUAUGAAAAGGAUGAUACACAAAAAGGAAUGAUAACCGAUACAACUAAUAGAGGAUCCUAUUGCCCUAUAACAAAUAUAUCAAAUGGUGAUAAUGGUCAACAAAACAAUGCUCAAUAUUUAGAUAAUUACAAUGAUAAUAAUAAUAAUAAUAAUAUUAUUAAUGAGAUAAAUAUUAAAAAGGAACAUGAAGAUGAUCUAAAUAAUGAACAAAAAAUAAAUAAAAAGAAUAUUUCAAAUGGUUAUAAUUUUAAUACUAAUAACAAAUGUCAUGAUAAUAACGGAGAAGCAUUUAGUAGUUCUGAAAAUAUUCAUGAAAAAAAUAUAUCAAGUGACCAACUGAAUGACAAAGAAAAUGAAUUGAAAGACGAAAUGAAUGAUAUAUCAGCAGAAAAGGAAAAGUCUCAAAAAAAAGAGGAUAAUAAAAAAAAAAAAAAUAUAGAAGAAAAUAUAUUUAAUAAAUAUUGUUUAUAUGGUUAUUUAAGUAGUAAAGUUCUUAAAUUAUUAUCAAGUAUUUUAGUAAAAAAUAUGUAUUUUAUUAUAUAUAAUAGAUGUUUAUCAUUAAAAGAUAAAAAUAAUAAUCCUUUUAAUGAAAAGACAAAAAAAAUAGAAGAGAACAAAUGUUUACAUAGUUUAAAUGUAUUAUCCUUUUUAAAAGUUAUUAAAAGUGUAGAAUCAUAUAAAAUAAAAAUAAAUUUCUUAGUUCUUAUGUUCCUUUUAUUAUAUUCAUCAAAACAAAUAGAUGACAAUACAUAUUGUUAUUUUUUUAGCAUAUUGAAAGACAUGAAUUAUUAUGAAAGUGAACAUACAUAUAAUUUAUAUAGUCUAUUGACAGUGUUAAUAUUAACAGAUAAUAAUAUUAUAAGAAAUAUUAGUUUUAUCAAAAGAAUUUUUCAACAUAGUAUCCAUUCAAAAGAAUUAUGGACACAUGUUUUUUCUAUCAUGAUGAUAAGAUAUUUGAUAUUGAAAAAACCAGAACUUAUCAAAUAUUUAUAUCAUGAAGAAAACAAAUUAUAUGAAAAUAAUCUGAAUUAUGUUAAAAAUAAUUAUAUAUUAAAAUUUAAAAAAUAUAAUCAAGGGAAAGAAGUUAAUAUCAAUGAUAAAAUGUUUAUUUAUAAUAAGUCAAUCAAUAAUCCAGUAGAUACAAAUUCAAUAUUAACACAUCUAUAUGAAUUUUAUACAUUCUCUUCUAUGUUAAAUGAUAAUUUUAAAAGUAUACUCUUAGAAUUUAGAAAUAUAACCAUAUUUAAUUACAACCCUUUUCAAAGAAAAAGAUAUAGUUCUAUAAGAAAUUCUGUUCACCUAGAUUUUUCUAAAAAAAGUGGAAGUUUAAUAAAAACGGAGAAGGAACAUAAACAAGAGGAGGAUAAUAAGGAUUAUAUAAACAGUCACGAUAAUACAACUAAAAAGGAUACACACAUCAACGUUAAUAAUAAUGAUGAUAAUAUUCAUAAUAAUAAUAGUAGUAGUAGUAAUAAUGUAAAAGUAAAUAAUAAUGGUAAGAAUUCAUCGGAGAAUGAUUAUGAUGAUGAUGAUUUGGUCAUUAACAUAAAAACAAAAUAUCAUAAUAAAAAUGAAAAGGACAUAAAAAGUAAUUUUACAUUAAAUUUAAAUAUUGAUGAAGUUACAACUAGUGCUGUUAGUAUGGAUGAGGAGCCCAAAGAAGAAAAAAUUAUAUAUAAUAAACAAGAAGAAAACAAAGAACAUAAAACAAUUAAUAAUCAUUCGCAUAUUAGGCAUAAUAGCAUAUCAAAUGAAUUAUUAUAUGAAUAUACAUAUGAAACAAGUGCUGUUAUAAAUAUUAUGGAAAAAUUAGCCAUAGAAUAUAAAAAUGCAAAAGAACAACUAAACAUGUUAUAUACGUAUAAUAAUUUCUUACAUGAUUCAUGUAUUAAUGACAGAUCAGUUAAUCAAAAUAAUAAUAAUAAUAAUAAUAACAAUGUUGAUAUAAAGAAACCAAAACAAAAAUUAAUACAUAAUGUAUACCAAAAAUAUUUCUAUGAUAUAUUAUACUCAUAUAAUAAUAAUAGUUUUAAAAAGUUCAAAGAUAAAUAUCAUAUUAAAAAGAAAAAAGCAAAAUCCAAACAUCGUCAAGAUGACCAAGAUGCUUCAUCAAGUGAUGAAGAACAGGAAGAAGAUGAAUUUUUAGAUGAUUAUAUAAGAAAAAAUUUUGAUAUAGAUAAUGAUAUAAAUAUUGGUGACGACGAUGAGGAUGAUAUACUUAUUAACAAUAAAUUUAAAAGAAAUCAAAACAAAAGAAAACUAUCAUAUGGUGAUCCAAAUAAUUAUAAACAGGAAUUUAAGAGGAAAAAAACAAAAACGGGUGAUGACCUAAAGGAUGAUUCUAUAGAAUUCACAGAUUUUAUUAACAAAUUAAAAAAGAAAAAAAAUAAUUAA